AUGUCAAAUAUGAUGGUGCAACCACAAAUCCCAAAAUUGACGGCAACAAAUUACGGGAACUGGAGUAUCCAAAUGAAGGUGUUACUCGGUUCAUACGAUAGUUGGGAUAUUGUCGAAAGUGGGUAUGACGAGCGAGAGGAUGAAGCGGCCCUUUCAAAUGCAGAGAAGAUGAUUUUGAAAGAGACCCAGAAAAACGAUAAAAAGGCGUUAUAUACAAUUAUUCAAGGAGUUGAUGAAUCAACCUUUAAAUAUAUUUCAAAUGAGAAAACGGCGAAAGACGCGUGGGAGAUUCUGCAGAAAUCGUUCCAGGGUGUCGAGAAAGUUAAACAGGUACGGCUCCAAGUUCUACGUGCCGAGUUCGAAAAUUUGAAGAUGAAGAGUUCAGGAAAUAUUGGUGAAUUUGUUACGCGUUUGAAAACUGUGAAAAAUCAGAUGAAAAGAAAUGGCGAAAGUCUCGAUGAUGUUCGGGUCAUGAAAAAGUUGCUUCGUUCAUUAACAAGAAAAUUUUAUUACGUUGUUACCUCCAUCGAGGAGUCAAAAGACUUGUCCACGAUUUCUAUUGAUGAGCUCGUAGGUUCUCUUCAAGCCCACGAGCAACGAAUGAACCUAUAUGAUGAUCCAAGCCAUUUGGAAAAGGCGUUGCAAAGUAAGGUGUCCAUUGGUGACAGUUCUGGCAGUAGCAGUUCUGCACGUGGCAGAGGUGGCUACUGUGGUGGACAAGGACGAGGAAGGCAUUAUAAGUGUAGAGCACCGAAGGUGGAAGAAAGAAGUCAUUUUGCAGCAGCAAAAGAAGAUAAAGAUGUUGGCACUACUGCGUUCCUCACUUACAAAGGAGACGAGGAAAGCAAGAAGAAUGUUUGGUAUCUUGACUCAGGGGCCAGUAAUUACAUGACUGGUCACAAGGAAUUAUUCACGGAGAUAGCCGACACCAUUAGCGGAGAAGUUACUUUUGGUGACUCGUCAAUGAUUCUGGUCAAAGAAAAAGGACAAUCCCUCAUUAUUAGAAAUCAAGCUCGGGAAUUGAUUGCAAAUGUGGAGAUGUCAAAGAAUCAUUUGCUUACGCUUGAUUUGCAAACUAAGGCGCAGAAGUGCUUAAAGUCGGUCAUUAAAAAUGACUCGUGGUUGUGGCAUUUGAGAUAUGGUCAUCUUGGAUUUUCUGGCCUGAAAUAA